AUGCGCCGUGGCGCGCGCUGCUGGCCGGGGGGUCUGGGGGCCAGGAGGGACCAUGCCGGGAGGCGUGGCGUGGAGCCAGCAGGUUGGGAAGACCGCGAGGGGAUUUCAGGAAAGCCCUCUCGGGCGCUGGGAGCCCGUCGCCGCGGCGCGGGCGGUUUUGGCGCCGGCGUCGAAGCGCGGCAUGGGCGCGAUGUGCCGCGACUGAUUGUUCUGGCGCGGUGCGCGCAGGAGGACGAGAAGCUGAGGCUGCUGGUGGACGAGUACGGCGACAAGCGCUGGUCGCUGAUCGCCGCCAAGCUCGGCACGAAGGAGAGCAAGCAGGAGGACUCCGCGCUGAAGACGCUGCACGAGGUGCAUGGCAACCGAUGGACCCUUAUCGCGCGGCUGGUGGGCGGCCGCACCGACAACGCGGUGAAGAACCGCUGGGCGGCGCUCCUGCGGCGCAAGGCCACGGUGGGCAGGCGGCGAGGGCGGCCGUCCGCGCACGGGCGGCUGAGGGGCAUGACGAAGGACGGCGCGCUCCUUCAGCAAGGACAUCGGAGGAGGGGACGGCGGCCGAAGGCUGUGCUUGGUGCGCCCGGAGUGAAGGAAGAGCCCACGAGCCACGGCAUGUCCGGACCCGUGGAUGAGCAGGUGCUCAUCAAUGUCCCCCACAGCGUGGCCAAUUAUGGGGACCAAGCACCGGAAUUCGACUCUCUUGUGGACACCAUGUUUGGGCCAACGAGUCUCCCUCUCACAGAUGGUUUAACAUGCUUCCCCACUGACUUUGCUCCAGUCGAGGUUCCAAUCAGCAGCGGACAUCCAGGGACGCCUGAUGGCGACUGCGCGAUGGAGGUGUCUAUGCCCUUCAGCCCAGCCUUGGAGUGGUACUCACCAGAGCAUUUCACCAGUGGCGAUCGGGCCAGCCAGUUCUCAACUGUGCCUCUUGCCGCCUUGGAGGCAAGUCUGGAUCCGCAGUCGCCAACGAGCCAUGCGGCCAGGCUCGGGCUCAUGCCUGACAAGCUGGGGGCCACCGGGGGAAAGUUGCCUCUCUUUUCGCAGAUCGAGCUGGACAUGCUUAUCAAAGCACUGCGGAUAGAUUUCCUGCAGCAAUAA